AUGGAUGUUUCAUCAUCUUCUUCUUCAUCAUCAUUGAAGAGUAAUCAUCGUGCUCUUCUUUUAGUGGUAUUAUUUAUAUUACUAUUCAUCAUUUGCAAUUCAGGUACUACUCUUGCACAAUUAGAUGUUUGUUCAGUGGCCACAACUUCCAUCAUUCCCUUCUAUAAUGUAAACAUAUCAACAAAUGUGUACAAUGAUUUCUAUCUCUUUGGUAACAUGUGUCCGUUUGGUUAUGUUAGAAUGACAGAUUCGAUUAGUGGAGCUUUCUCUUGUAAGCCAUUGGACGAAUUCUUGUUAGAAACUGUUGAUACGAAGAGUUGUGUAAUUCCUUAUGGUGAUCCUUUCUAUGAUCCAUCCCAACCAUGGGCUGAUGAAACAAAUUGUGUACUGCCUUACUUGGCUUGCUCUCCAACUACUCUCAAGUGUACCUAUGUUCAAACAAGAAUGAUUAAUGACACUUGUACUGAUCGUAUGAAUUGUUAUGGACAUGUCACUAAUCCUUUUGUGAAUUGUCAUGCUGGAAAGUGUAGCUAUUUACAGGAAAAUCCUGUUCUUCCUGAAGGAAGCACUUGUCCAUUCGCUCCAGAUUCAGAUUUUGAAAGUUUACUUGAUAAGGCAUUGGUUAAUUAUACUACCAAUAGUUAUGAUAAUUGUGAUAGUUCAAGUUAUUGCCAUCUACCAUCUGUCCUAGCUGCAACAAAGAAAUGUUUGAGAAGAGUUGAUGUUGUCCUGUAUGAAAGUUGUGGACUUGCCAACAUUGAGGAUGAAGAGGGUAAUCCUAUUACAGUCUACAAGAAAUGCCCAGCUGCUUCUACUUGUAAUGGUGUUUGUCUGCCAAGUUUCUCAUUCCCAGAUUAUUAUAAUCCUAAUUCUAAACCAAUCUUUGGCAAAUGUAGUGACGAUUUGAAUCCUGUCCCAGUUGAAUACUCUAAUACAAUUCUGAUCUGUAAGAAUUAUACCACUAGCAAUUGCUCUAUUUAUACAGAUUGUAUAGGAGGUCUGGAAAGUAGUGGUAUUUCACUAAAGCAAAAUCUUGACACUGGAAAGUGGCCUGGAAAUCAACCAGUCAGAUGUGAAAACUCAAAAUGUUUGAGAUUAUUUGGUAACUAUAAUGGCGAAUCAUGUGUAGACAACACUGAUUGCUACUCGAGCUAUUGUAAUACAACCUCAGGCACUUGUACUGAUUUACCAUCUGAAAUUACUUGUGGAGACACUGUCGAUUAUGACAUUUUCCCAUGCCCAAAGUAUUCAUAUUGUGCAUGUAGUAGUGAACAGAGAAGGGUCUGUAUUGAUUUCUGUAUGAGCAAAUUGAUGGAUUUGUCUAUUUGUUCGAUGAAUUAUGGCAUGUUGUCCUCAAUCUAUUAUUCACACCCACUCCAACCAGUUCAAAAUAAGCCUAUUCCUAUUAUUGACACCAAAUCGUCAAUCUUCUCCCCACUGAAUGGUAAAUGCUCAAUUCCAUUGAAUGCUUAUCUGAGUUGCAUGUAUGAAAAGCAAGUUAACAAUGGUAUCGAUGCAAGAGCUCCUUCAACCAUCAUUAAUAACCUUUCUUCACAGAAUACCAGACAUGUUGCCCAACAGAAAAGAAGUGUUCAAGAAGGAACACAAACCUCUAGAGUUGAUGUUAAUGUAGGCCUCUAUGUUUCUUCCUACAAAAAUCUUUUCCAAUCCAAUACAAUUUUAAGAGAUUUUUCCAAACUAGUUCCUCUGUAUGAUCAGACUGGUUCUUUCGAUGAAUCCACAUUUGAAAUUGGAAAUGUCAACUUGCUCAAUACAACCAGUAUGAAUGAAUUUAUUAAUGACAAUUCUGAUUUGUACCAAAUUGAUGGAUCGACAAACAUUAUCAAGAUGAGUAAUCAAGUGGUUGUGUUUUACUAUCAUAAUUUGGUUGGAAUAGUUCCUAAAUUUAAAACUUCAAACUUUACCUUCCAACUUUUGAAAACUGCACGUAUUUGCACUUGUUGUGAUCAGGCUGUCAGAAAUCUUACUAUUCGAGCAUCUAAAUCUGUUGUUGGUAUUACCCUUAAGGAUGGCAAUAGAGAAUAUCAGUAUAUUGAUACCAAAACCUCAACGAGUGACUCUUUGAGUAUUACAAAUUAUGAACCUAUUAUGGGCCACGACUCAUUCCUCAAUAGAAACUGGUACAGCUCUUGUGAUUUGAUUCUUGUAACACCAGAAGAAGUUGACACAAUGCUAUUGGCAAUUAAGAAUAAUAUUUACUUUUUAGAUAGGAAUGAAACCCUAGAUCCAAGGUCUAUAUCUGAGCUUGAUAAUAUGAAAACAUCUGACUAUGCACAAAUAUUCACAACAAAUAUUCCAACAAAGCUCAAGACAAUUCCAAGAUCGGUUCGUGUUGCAACUCUCAAGAGUGAGGAUACCUUCAACAAGGUCAAGGCUGCUGUUUUUAAAGAAAUUUACUCUGUCUUCAAUGAGUCCUUCUCCAUUGUCAAUUUAUGGACUAAUGGUACCAUUAAUUGUUCAAUUUUUGAUACUAUAUCUGUAAAGGACUAUCAUAGUUACCUUUUCGAAAUUCCACGUAUUUCAACCACAUUCAGUGAGGGAUAUAGUAGUUUCCAAGCAUCAUCUCUAUCGCUUCCUCUUACUGAAUUUGAUCAUACAAUGUUUAGGCUAUUUACAAAUGAACACAAUAGAAAUAUUUCAGUUUCCGAGCUGGUUUACCAAGAUAUUGCUCGUCCAAGCUGCUACAGCUCUUAUAAUCAAUACUUGGGUGUUUUCCACUAUAACAAUCCAACCAAAUACUGGGAUCUCACCUAUAAGGAUGCCAUGUUAUUCCUUGUCAUUAUUUUAUGUUUGGUUUUCUAUAUUGGACUUGUUGUAAAUUACAGUAUCAUGAUUGAUAAUAAUAAGGCAAUGAGAAGAAGAUUGUUUGUUCCUUUUAUUGCUCCAAUGUGCAUUAUAUUCACUUGUCUAUUCUUUUUAGAACCAAUCUUGAUGAGUGUAUUCAAGAAUGUUGGCAUGUCCUUAUUUGCGCUGAUACCAGUUCCAGACUAUUGCAUUUCACUGUUGUGUUCGAGCUAUAUUGUGGUGACUAUUAGAUUCUUCUUAUUGAGAAACUUGUAUCAAUUGAGAGAGUUCUCUCCAAUCAAACGAGAAAACAAAUCUCACACAAGUAGAAUGAAACUUUACAGAAUUGUGUCGAGACCAGAGAUUUCCUUCAUGGUUUCUGUUACACUGAGCUUGGUUCUUGCAGGAAUUUGGUAUGGAGUUUACUAUGGAAUUCUCUAUGGUGUUGUUAUUCAACGAUUCAAAAGAUUCGAGUGGUCUUUACAGUUUGAUGCAUCCCUAUUGUCGUUGGCUUCACAGUUUGGCUUUUUGAGUGUUGUGGUAAUGCUUGUAUUUGUGGUUGACAUGAUACUGAACAUUAGGACAAUCAAGGACAAGGGUUUCAGACACUAUUUCUUGUUUGAUGAUCCUUUCUAUCUCAGAAUUGAUAUUUUCACGUUGGCAGCAAUGUUCGUUACCUGCAUUGUACUCAUUCUUGAUCUGUUCAUUUGGAAUUCAUUGGUUGUUAAUAGAUUGUGUCUUGUGGCCUUCUUCUUAUGUAGCUUGUUACUUGUUGGUGGUAAUGUUAUGAUAGUUGAUAUUGCAACAUACAUUAGAAAGCUCAGAGAUACUUGUGUUGGUGAUAAUCAACCAUUGGAUGAUUUUGAGAGAUUGGAAGCUCAAUGGGAAGAAUAUUUGACAGAUAUUAAUUUUAGAUGGCUUCACCGAAAUUAUUCCAAUAACGAAUUCUCAAUUGAAAACUUUAAUCUCUAUGAGGAUUUGGAAAAAGUGAGACAAACUGGAACCUUGGACUUGGACUAUGUAACUUAUUUACAUGCUACAUAUUUUGCACCAACAUCACCAUACCCAAUCAACUUGCCUGCUCGAUGCUAUACUGAUUUUGCCAAUGCCAUGACAAAUUUAACACUCAAUCCAGAUGGUCUCUUGCCAUAUUCUGUAUUUAAGGAAAUUCAAUAUGAAGUGGUCAAGAAUAAUCUCGAUAUUUUCCAAAGACUAAUUCUCAAAGAUGAAUUUGUCAAGUGGCGAGAAACCUUUAAAUUCCAAAAGGAAAUGAAUGUACUUUCGUACACCACCUCUCCAAGUUGUGAAUAAACAAAUAAUAAUUGAUGAU